UAGAUACAAUGUCGAUAAUCAGGGUGUGAUUAAAUGAUUGCUAUCAGACAAUUUAACUAUUAUAAAUAGUAAAAAUUUUGAAAAUACAAUGGCUGGCGCUAGUUUUGUAUUUUGCUGUGACUUGAGGAAAAUCACACACAGACAAAAAAUGGUUCCAUUUCAACUCAUCAUGACCUGUGCUAUGCUGACCAUUGUUGCUGCAAGAGUGGUCAGUCUAUACGGUGAUCAGCAGUACGCCAACAACGGACAGUAUAGAAGUGGACUCUACUUCGAUCCUAAAGGAUCAAACUACGCAGUAAACAGCGCUUACAACAAACAGCAGUACAACGACAACAGCAAUCAAUAUGACGCCAACAGCAAUCAAUACAGCGUCGAGAGCAAUCAAUAUAACACUGACAGUAAUCCGCAAGACAAUGCCAACAGCAAUCAGUACAAUGGCAACAAUAAUCAAUACAACGUCAACAGUAAACAGCAAGACAAUGCCAACAGCAAUCAGUACAAUGGCAACAAUAAUCAAUACAACGUCAACAGUAAACAGCAAGACAAUGCCAACAGCAAUCAGUACAAUGGCAACAAUAAUCAAUACAACGUCAACAGUAAACAGCAAGACAAUGCCAACAGCAAUCAGUACAAUGGCAACAAUAAUCAAUACAACGUCAACAGUAAACAGCAAGACAAUGCCAACAGCAAUCAGUACAAUGGCAACAAUAAUCAAUACAACGUCAACAGUAAACAGCAAGACAAUGCCAACAGCAAUCAGUACAAUGGCAACAAUAAUCAAUACAACGUCAACAGUAAACAGCAAGACAAUGCCAACAGCAAUCAGUACAAUGGCAACAAUAAUCAAUACAACGUCAACAGUAAACAGCAAGACAAUGCCAACAGCAAUCAGUACAAUGGCAACAAUAAUCAAUACAACGUCAACAGUAAACAGCAAGACAAUGCCAACAGCAAUCAGUACAAUGGCAACAAUAAUCAAUACAACGUCAACAGUAAACAGCAAGACAAUGCCAACAGCAAUCAGUACAAUGGCAACAAUAAUCAAUACAACGUCAACAGUAAACAGCAAGACAAUGCCAACAGCAAUCAGUAUAACGCUGAAAACAUACUGCAAGACAAUGCCAACAGCAAUCAAUAUAACUCCAAUAGUAAUCCAUACAAAGCUGUCAGCAAACAGAAAGACAAUGCCAACAGCAACCAAUACAAUACUAACAUCAACCAAAACAACGCUGAGAAAAGCCAAGAAGCUGAAGACAGCAAUAUUAUUCUGUAUAACAGCGUGUAUUUUACCAAAUUUAACGAAAAUCAAAGCUCAAACACAAACCAAAACAACGCAGUUAGCAACACUGACCAAUACAAUACCAAGACUGACAGUAACAAAAACAAUGCACUACCUAGCACGAACCAAUAUCCUGCCCAACCCAACACCAAGCAAUACCCUGCCCAGCCUAACUCCAACCAAUACCCUGCCCAACCCAACACCAAGCAAUACCCUGCCCAGCCUAACUCCAACCAAUACCCUGCCCAACCCAACACCAACCAAUACCCUUCCCAGCCCAACACCAACCAAUACCCUGCCCAGCCUAAUACCAACCAAUACAAUGCUCAGGCUAACAGUAACCAGGCUAACAGCAAUCAAAACACUGCCCAGUCUAACAACCAAUACACUGCCCAGCCCAACACCAACCAGUACACUGCCCAGGCAAACACCAACCAAUACCCUGCCCAGCCUAAUACCAACCAAUACACUGCCCAGCCCAACACCAACCAGUACACUGCCCAGGCAAACACCAACCAAUACCCUGCCCAGGCAAACACCAACCAAUACCCUGCCCAGCCCAACACCAACCAAUACCCUGCCCAGCCUAACACCAACCAAUAUACUGUCCAGGCAAACACCAACCAAUUCAUUGCCCAAAUUAACAGUAACCAGGCUAACAGCAACCAAUACAAUGUCCAGCCUAGCACGAACCAAUACAACGACCAGGCUAAAAGUAACCAGGCUAACAGCAACCAAUACAAUGUCCAGGCUAACAGCAACCAGUAUCAGACAAACAGCAACCAAUUCAAGGGAAGUAACCAGUACAAAACACAAAACAACUAUUUCACAGUUGGUGUUUAAAUGUGAACAGAUCGCCAAGGGUAAGAAGUCUGCAAAUACAGGGGAGAGAAGACGGAGGCGAUAGAAUGCAGACGAUCAACAGUGGUCCAGCACUAAGCCCAAUGUUCAGCUUUGCUAUAUACCCCAAGUGGACUCUUUUUUUUUUUAAUGUGAUAGCAAUUGAUAUAAAAAUAAAAUGAAAUGUAGCCUUGAAAAGCUUAUGUUGUAAUAGUAUAAUGUAAUACUAUGUAAUAUGAUAUGAUAUAAUAAAAUAUCUUCAGCAUU